GUCCAAUCACUCCAACUAUCUCCCUUCAUCGCUCGAUAUCGGCACAAUGAGCAACGCGCAAGCAUAUUACGAGCUUUAUCGCGGGAGCAGUCUCGGUCUGUCCCUGACGGACACCCUCGAUGACCUGAUCAACGAAGGCCGAAUCGAGCCCCAGCUCGCCAUGAAGAUUCUUUCCACUUUCGACCGAGUGAUCACCGAGGUUCUCGCCGAUAAAGUGCGCGCCAGGCUUACUUUCAAGGGCCACCUGGAUACAUAUCGCUUCUGCGACGAAGUAUGGACCUUCCUCAUCAAAGACGUCACAUUCAAGCUGGACAACCAGACGAACGUCCAGGCGGAUAAAGUGAAGAUUGUGAGCUGCAACAGCAAGCGACCCGGCGAGGUAUAGCGAGCGACCUAUCGUCGAAACUCUUUUUAUGGCCUUCUUCUGCUUUCUCCCUUGGGUCGUCUUUGCUAGACCGGCGUUAUUAUAGUGUCAGCAUCGGGCUGGCUGGGACAUGGACAUGUUGAUAUUGGGCUUAUUUUAUGCGGCGUUCAGGACUCAAGAUCGACCGCAUAUGUAUUACAAAUCUGGCUGAAACAGUAUUUAGAACAAAAUUGAUACCCAAGAUGGACGCGGGUUUUUCUAUACA